CAUGAUGCAUUGAAAAAGUUCAUUGUUAUUUAAUUUCUUUAAUUUUGUCCUGUAUUGUUUUAAGAUUUUAAAUAAGUUUUAGAAGUUUUCUUAAACUCAACAUAGAUCAUCUUUCCCUCUUCACUGGUCACCCUACUAUUGAAAACUGAGUUGGCACAAGUGAAGAAACUUUUCAUUUCAUGAUCAAUAGAAAUAAAAGAUUUUAAUUUAAGUUAUUUACGAAAAUCAAAACACAGAACAACAUCUACUGCAACAUGUCAAAGGUCACAUUUAAAAUUACCUUAACAUCAGACUCAAAACUUCCCUACAAAGUACUGUCAGUUCCAGAGAAUACGCCAUUCACAGCGGUUCUUAAAUUUGCAGCUGAAGAAUUCAACGUUCCACCUGCAACAAGUGCCAUAAUUACUGAUGAUGGCAUAGGAAUUAACCCAGCACAAACAGCUGGUAAUGUUUUUCUCAAACACGGCUCUGAACUUCGACUGAUUCCACGCGAUCGUGUUGGAUGCUAACGAGAUACAACAAUUAAUUAUAAAAUAUAAAAGAUUUAUAUGAUAUUGUCCUUAAAACAUUCGCUUUUAUUGAACCUUUCUUAUGUGGGAAGAAUAAUAUUAAAAUUUGUUUAAGCAUUUUGUGUUUGUUUUUAUAUUAAAGAAAGUUAAAAUCAA